AUGGAACCAAUUUGUUUAACCAAAAAUAAGGAUUUUGAUCAAAGCUUAUUUCAAGAAGAACUCGGUCUUACUGCUAAUUAUAACAAACAUAAUUCUGUAAAUUUGAGUUUGACUUUGAUAUUGAUCACUUUAUUAUCCAUUUCAGUGGACGAACUGGGAAUUAAAGAAUUGAUGCCAGCUUAUCUUGAUCCUAAUUUGCAACCUGAAGAUCUUAAAACUGGAGUAAGCUUUGCUUCAGGAGCUACUGGAUUUGAUCCUCAAACACCUGCCCUUGUGUCAGUCAUACCUCUGUCAAAACAAUUAGAUCAUUUUAGAGAAUAUAUUGGGAAGCUGAAGCAAUUAGUUGGAGAAGAAGAGGCGAACGACAUAUUGAGGAAUAGCGUGUUCUUAGUGGUAGCCGGAAGCGAUGACCUGGCCAACACCUACUUCACCGUCGGAAUUCGCCGGCUGCAGUAUGAUGUUAACGGAUACACUGAUCUUAUGGCCGCCGGAGCUUCUGAAUUUAUCCGAGAACUAUACAAAUUGGGAGCAAGAAAAAUAGCGGUUUUUGGAGUUCCACCCAUAGGGUGUUUGCCUUCCCAGAGAACACUAGGUGGAGGUAAAUCAAGAGAGUGUUCAGAGGAAUACAAUCAAGCUGCACAGUUAGCCAACACUAAGCUCUCUGCUGCAAUCGAUUCAUUGUCCAAAAAUCUCCUUCAAACCAAGUUGGUUUUCGUUGAUAUCUACAGUUCUCUGCUUGAUCUCAUUGUCAACCCUCAGAAACAUGGAUUUGAAGUAGUAGAUAGAGGAUGCUGUGGUACUGGAAACAUAGAGGUGGUAAUACUGUGCAACAAAUACAGUGGAACAUGUGAAGAUGACACAAAAUAUUUAUUUUGGGAUAGUUACCAUCCCACGGAAAAAGGUUACAGGAUCCUUGUUGAUCAGAUCCUUAAAAAGUAUGUCAAUAGUUUGAUAUAAACGUGGAUCGAAUCAAGAUCAGGAUUUGCUUUCUGUAACCUCUGCAAUUUACAAACAUCAGAAGCAAGGUCAAAACCACUGCAUUUUCGUCCAAUCGUCCUUCAUCUCUGGAUCUUGAAUGAUAGAGCUUUAUUUCUUACACAACAUGUGUCUGUAGUCUGAGAAACUUUGCAACUCUGUACAUCUCAUUUCUGUUCAUUACAUGCCAUAUGUUAUGGCGUUUGUGUUUUUGAGAUUGAAAGAAAAUCAUGUUUGUGCACUUAGUUGGAAUCCAA